AGAUGAUUUUCAAUUCUUGACCUAAUAUUUUUUUUUAAUUAACAAUAAGAAAUUCAAUUUUUUAAACUUCUAAAUUUAAAAGCAGAUUGCAGUAGUUUCGAAAUGUUUUAGGUUCCAUAUAGCAAUGUCAAAUAAAACAUGAAGGAAAACAUUUCCAUUCUUUUCAUAUGUUCUAAACCAGGUCAAGAUACCUUAUAUUAGUCAUACCUUUAAAUUAUGGAUUCCCUGUUCUAUUUUUAACAUUUUGUGUCAGUUUUUGAAUGCAUAACAACAAAAACAAUACAACCUGGACAUUUAAUCAGAUUAAUACAGCGACGGUAGUGGAUACUUACUUUAAAAUGGCCACUGGAACAGACGGUACUGUGAAAUGUCGUUUGAUUUCUUGUGAUAAAGGUCCCAUCGGAAAGGAGGACGGACACGCGGAUGUCAGGGCAUAUGCUGUUCCAAAAAGCAAAAGAUCAGGUUUCCUUGUUAAUUGGAAUGACGAAGGAUUUGCAACGUUCCACACAGAAUGUUGGUUUGCCUUGCGUGGGCUAUAUAAGGACAAGGAAUCACCUCUAACAAAGGACGAAAAAGAAAUGGUGAAAGAGGCUGCAAAGACAGUAGAAAUCCAUGACUCGUGCGCAAAAUUUGAACAGGAAGCAGACCACAUAGUCAACCUGAUAAAAAAUGCUGAUUAUUGCAUAGCGUUUACAGGAGCUGGUAUUUCCACCGCGGCAGGUAUCGGGGAUUUCCGAGGAAUUCAGGGCAAAUGGACAGAAAAAGACAAAGUCCAAGAGCAUGGAAGCAAGGGGAGAUCUAAGAGAGAAAUACAAGACGUUCAAAAGCUCCGUCCAACUUACACACACGAGGCUUUAUUCAAACUAAUAGAAAUGGGAAAUUUAAAGCAUGUGAUCAGUCAAAAUGUUGAUGGACUGCAUCGACUCUCUGGACUUCAAGAAAGUCAGAUAACAGAAUUGCAUGGCAAUAUGUUUGUCGAAAAAUGUGAAAAGUGCAAAAAACGAUAUGAAAGAAAUUUCAGAUGCAAUGGAAAAUCUACCAAAGUUCCCGUCAAUAUCUGCAAGCAGUGCCGAAUUAAUCAUCGGACUGGUCGUUCCUGUAGUGAAAAGAAGUGUACCGGAUACUUGAUGAACACCAUUAUAAACUUCGGGGAUUAUCUAGAGGUAAACGUGUUCAGAAGCGGCGUAGAACAAGCUUCGCGCGCUGAUCUGGUUUUGGCACUCGGGACGACACUUAAGGUGUUUCCAGCAAACGAGAUGGUGAAGAUGGGUAAACGCCCAACGCGUUUAAUCAUUUGCAACAGACAAGUGACUGAUUUUGAUGAAACUUGUUUGAAAGUGGAUGAUGAUGAAGUUCCAUACGGAUCAAGGGUCUUCGGAGACUGUGAUAAAUUAAUGCGAGAAGUAAUGAAACGUAUUCUUCCAGAAGAGGAGUUGUCAAAAUGGGAACAAGACAGAGAUGUCAGAAUGCUGACAUACGACACAAAACGAAAAUUGUAGAACAGGAAAAACAUUAAAUAUUCUUUGAUUCAUCUGUAUUAGAUACAAACUCAAACAGGAUGGAGAAAUUUAAAAAUUGCAUCUUAUCAGUUAAUUUUGACUCUACAUGUAUACUACAAUAAAAUGCGUAUGGUCAAUUCA